AUGCCUCCUUACAAACUAUUCCUACUCCUUACUAUUAUACGCCUCCUUUCCCUUCUUCUCCUUUCAUGUGCCCCCAAUACUUCAACCGCCCUUCCUUUAUUUCCUCCAAGCCAUCACUUGCAAGUUCCAAAUGAAGUAGGAGCUCUUUUAACAUGGAAGUCAAGCCUUGACCUUAGAAGCCAAUCCCUACUCACAUCAUGGGUUGUUGGUAGCGAUACUUGCAAUUGGACCGGUAUCGCUUGCGAUGGUGGCCGAAGCAUUACAAGCCUAAACCUUACAAGUUAUGGGUUAAAAGGUACAAUUCGAUAUAUGAGUUUCUCAUCCUUAACGCAUUUACAAGUCAUUGAUCUUUCCAACAACUCUCUCCAUGGAAGCAUUUCUUUUAUUAAAGAAAUGUCUGCCUUACAAAAAUUAACAACCCUUUAUCUUUGGGGGAAUAAACUUUCAGGCCAUAUUCCUCAAGAAAUUGGGAUGUUAAAGUCUCUUGUUAAUUUGGGAUUAUCCUCAAAUAAUCUCACAGGUCAAAUCCCUACUAUAAUUGGAAACUUGAGAAAUUUGAUGACCCUUUAUCUCUUUGGGAACCAACUUUCAGGCCAUAUUCCUCAAGAAAUUGGGUUGUUAACAUCUCUUACUGAUUUACAAUUGAGUUCAAAUGAUCUAACAGGUCAAAUCCCUACUUCAAUCGGAAACUUGCAAAAUUUAACAAUCCUUUAUCUAUGGGGGAAUAAACUUUCAGGCCAUAUUCCUCAAGAAAUUGGGAUGUUAAAGCCUCUUGUUAAUUUGGGAUUAUCCUCAAAUAAUCUCACAGGUCAAAUCCCUACUAUAAUUGGAAACUUGAGAAAUUUGAUGACCCUUUAUCUCUUUGGGAACCAACUUUCAGGCCAUAUUCCUCAAGAAAUUGGGUUGUUAACAGCUCUUACUGAUUUACAAUUGAGUUCAAAUGAUCUAACAGGUCAAAUCCCUACUUCAAUCGGAAACUUGCAAAAUUUAACAAGCCUUUAUCUAUGGGGGAAUAAACUUUCAGGCCAUAUUCCUCAAGAAAUUGGGAUGUUAAAGCCUCUUGUUAAUUUGGGAUUAUCCUCAAAUAAUCUCACAGGUCAAAUCCCUACUAUAAUUGGAAACUUGAGAAAUUUGAUGACCCUUUAUCUCUUUGGGAACCAACUUUCAGGCCAUAUUCCUCAAGAAAUUGGGUUGUUAACAGCUCUUACUGAUUUACAAUUGAGUUCAAAUGAUCUAACAGGUCAAAUCCCUACUUCAAUCGGAAACUUGCAAAAUUUAACAAGCCUUUAUCUAUGGGGGAAUAAACUUUCAGGCCAUAUUCCUCAAGAAAUUGGGAUGUUAAAGCCUCUUGUUAAUUUGGGAUUAUCCUCAAAUAAUCUCACAGGUCAAAUCCCUACUAUAAUUGGAAACUUGAGAAAUUUGAUGACCCUUUAUCUCUUUGGGAACCAACUUUCAGGCCAUAUUCCUCAAGAAAUUGGGUUGUUAACAGCUCUUACUGAUUUACAAUUGAGUUCAAAUGAUCUAACAGGUCAAAUCCCUACUUCAAUCGGAAACUUGCAAAAUUUAACAAGCCUUUAUCUAUGGGGGAAUAAACUUUCAGGCCAUAUUCCUCAAGAAAUUGGGAUGUUAAAGCCUCUUGUUAAUUUGGGAUUAUCCUCAAAUAAUCUCACAGGUCAAAUCCCUACUAUAAUUGGAAACUUGAGAAAUUUGAUGACCCUUUAUCUCUUUGGGAACCAACUUUCAGGCCAUAUUCCUCAAGAAAUUGGGUCAAAUCCCUACUUCAAUCGGAAACUUGCAAAAUUUAACAAGCCUUUAUCUAUGGGGGAAUAA